GCAGCUGCUUCCUGUGCCUGGUGGACGUGGUGCCCGUGAAGAAUGAGGAUGGGGCCGUCAUCAUGUUCAUCCUGAACUUCGAGGUGGUGAUGGAGAAGGAGCGGCCGGGCUCGCCCGACAGGGACACCAACCACUGGGUCACCCCCGCCAGCUGGUUCCCCGCAGGGCGCAGCAAGUCCUUCAAGCUGAAGCUGCCGGCGCUGCUGGCGCUGACGGGCAGCAAGCAGUCGCUGCCGCAGGAGCCGCCCGACGCCGUCAUCGUGGACUUCUGCAAGCACAGCAGCGAGUCGGCGCCCGACGAGGCCACCUCGUCCCUGGAGACCAGCUGCCCGGGCGGCUCCCAGCCCGAGGACCAGAAGGCGCUGAUGGACCUGGAGGAGGGCGAGGACGAGGGGCGCGUGGAGCCGCCCGUGACGCACUCGUCGCCCCGCGCCGAGCGCCUCGCGCCRCGCGCCUCCUUCUCCAACCGCAGCCUGCCGCGGAGCCGCUCCCGCGAGAGCUUCCACAGCGUGCGCCGCGCCUCCUCCGUGGACGACAUCGAGACCAUGAAGGGCGAGGGCGACAAGCGCUGCCCCAACCGGCACGCCAGCACGGGCGCCGGCAUGCAGCGCGGCUGCAGCACAGGGGCCAUGAACAACGUGCGCAGCACCCUGCUGAACUCCACGUCCGACUCGGACCUCAUGCGCUACCGGGCCAUCAGCAAGAUCCCCCAGAUCACCCUCAACUUCGUGGACUUCAAGGCGGACGCGUUCCUGGCCGCGCCGUCCGGCGAGAAGGAGAUCAUCGCCCCCACCAAGCUGAAGGACCGCACGCACAACGUCACCGAGAAGGUCACCCAGGUGCUCUCGCUCGGCGCCGACGUCCUGCCCGAGUACAAGCUGCAGGCGCCGCGCAUCCACAAAUGGACCAUCCUGCACUACAGCCCCUUCAAGGCCGUGUGGGACUGGCUCAUCCUGCUGCUCGUCAUCUACACGGCCAUCUUCACGCCCUACUCGGCCGCCUUCCUGCUCAACGACCAGGAGGAGGCGCAGCGCCGCAACUGCGGCUACUCCUGCAGCCCGCUCAACGUGGUGGACCUCAUCGUGGACAUCAUGUUCAUCAUCGACAUCCUCAUCAACUUCCGCACCACCUACGUCAACUCCAACGAGGAGGUGGUGAGCCACCCCGCCAAGAUCGCCAUCCACUACUUCAAGGGCUGGUUCCUCAUCGACAUGGUGGCCGCCAUCCCCUUCGACCUGCUCAUCUUCGGCUCCGGCUCUGAGGAGCAUGCGUGUGUGCGUGAGCACGUAUCGCUCAUGUACGCCAGCAUCUUCGGCAACGUCUCGGCCAUCAUCCAGCGCCUCUACUCGGGCACGGCGCGCUACCACACGCAGAUGCUGCGCGUGCGCGAGUUCAUCCGCUUCCACCAGAUCCCCAACCCGCUGCGCCAGCGCCUCGAGGAGUAUUUCCAGCACGCCUGGUCCUACACCAACGGCAUCGACAUGAACGCGGUGCUCAAGGGCUUCCCCGAGUGCCUGCAGGCCGACAUCUGCCUGCACCUCAACCGCAGCCUGCUGCAGAACUGCAAGCCCUUCAAGGGCGCCACCAAAGGGUGCCUGCGCGCCCUGGCCAUGAAGUUCAAGACGACGCACGCGCCGCCGGGCGACACGCUGGUGCACGCGGGUGACGUGCUCACCGCGCUCUACUUCAUCUCGCGCGGCUCCAUCGAGAUCCUGCGCGGCGACGUCGUCGUGGCCAUCCUGGGGAAGAACGACAUCUUCGGGGAGCCGCUGAACCUGUACGCRCGGCCCGGCAAGUCCAACGCCGACGUGCGGGCGCUCACCUACUGCGACCUGCACAAGAUCCACCGCGAGGACCUGCUCGAGGUGCUCGACAUGUACCCCGAGUUCUCCGACCACUUCUGGUCCAGCCUGGAGAUCACCUUCAACCUGCGCGACACCAACAUGAUCCCCGGCUCGCCGGGCAGCGACGAGCUGGACGGCGGCUUCAGCCGGCUGCGGCGGCGCAAGCUCUCCUUCCGCCGGCGCACCGACAAGGACGCCGAGGGCGCCGGGGAGGCGCGCGCGGGGCCGCGGGCCGCGCGGCUGGCGCAGGCGCCGGGGGCGCCGCGCGGGCCGGCCGAGUGGGCGCCGUGCCGCUCCAGCUCGGCCUCCAGCUCGGCCUCCAGCGACGAGGACGAGCGGCCCGCGGGCGGCCCCGGCGCCGCCGCCGCGCUCUCGCCCUUCCGCAGCGCCCGCCCCGGCGGCGCGGCGCCCGCCCCCGCCGAGCCCGACGAGCACAAGGGCAGCGACAUGUGCAACCCCCUCUCAGGAGCCUUCUCGGGGGUGUCCAACAUCUUCAGCUUCUGGGGGGAGAGCCGGGGGCGGCAGUACCAGGAGCUGCCGCGCUGCACGGUGCCGGCGCACGCGGUGCUGGGCACCCCCCCGGCCCCCGCCAGCCGCCGGCAGCGCGCCGAGCUCGAGGCCCGUCUGGACCUGCUGCACCGCCAGCUCACCAGGCUGGAGAGCCGCAUGGCCGCCGACAUCGGCUCCAUCGUGCAGCUGCUGCAGCGGCAGCCGGAAGAAGCAGCAGCCUCAGCGGCACCGCGCRGCUUUUAUUGA